UUGUCGGGAGCUUCCAUCAUUCCUUCAUCAAGACUCUCUCUCUCUCUCUCACGGUCUCUCCCUUCCAGAAGAACAGUUCUCCUUAUCCCCUCAUCAACUCUUCUGAUUCAAUUCAAUAGUUUCGGAAGGAUCAGAAAAUGGGGUGCAAGUCAUGUGAGAACCCAAAGCAGAGGCACAGGAAAGGUCUGUGGUCACCUGAAGAAGACGAUAAGCUCAAAAAUUACAUCCUCCAAUACGGCCAUGGCUGCUGGAGCUCCGUUCCCACCAAAGCCGGUCUGCAAAGGAGUGGGAAGAGCUGUAGAUUAAGGUGGAUCAACUAUUUGAGGCCUGGCUUGAAGCGUGGCCUCUUCACUCUACAAGAGGAGGAGACGAUCUUGUCCCUUCAUCACAUGUUAGGCAACAGGUGGUCUCAGAUUGCUCAGCACUUGCCUGGAAGAACCGAUAAUGAGAUCAAGAACUUCUGGAAUUCUCACCUGAAGAAAAAAGUUCUGAAAUCUGAAGCUUCAGGAGCUCAAAGCAGCAACUCUCAGUCUCUAAUGGAGUCUACAUCUACACCUACACCUACACCUACACCAACAUCAACAUAUCCCACCACUCAAAACCCAAGUUUCGAUUCUUUCAAACUCAUGAAAAACUCUCCCACCGAUACAGACCAAUCCGUUCCACAGACUAAUUACGAGUUUCAUCAUCAUCACCACCCCAUUAAAGAAACAGCACAAAGCUCCCUCCCCAAGCUUCUAUUCGCAGAGUGGCUCUCCUCAGAUACCAUUAACCGCCGGACGACCAGUUUCGUCAACUCCGGCGAAGAGGUGGUUCCAAGAGAAAACUCCGACGACUUGAACCUCGACGAUGAUUCAUUCAGACACAACUUGUUACACUAUGAUGGACCUUUUGGCGGUGAAUUCCAUAAUGUGUUCGGCGUUAAUGGUUCUACCGCCGGCCAAAGAUUGAUUCCACAGUUCGAGUCCAUCGCCGGAAAUGGGUUCACCGAUUUUGUAUCUGUCGGACAGAGUUGUAGCGAUUUCAGCUUAGCCGCCCAUGAUGUAAUCUAUUAAUUGAAAGAGAUCAUUAAGUGUUAUUAAACUGUAAA